CGUGCGUUCGGUGUACGUGUUCAGCAUAGUCAAGGCGUAUUUAGGUUAUCUUCAAGCCUCAGGUGUUGCAAAUAUCCGUGCAAGGAGUUGAUAUCCUCGGGUCCUAUCCGCGGUGUGUUUAUCAUGAGGACGUGUGUGUUUACUCUGCUGCUCCUUGCCGUCCUGCAGUUAAGUGAGGCUCGACUGUGUUACAACUGCACUGGCGACUGCGUGACCGACAGCGAGUGCAAAGGCUCGUGUACCACAUCUGUGCCUGAAUUAGGCGACGGCCACGAGAUCCGAAGCUGCCAGAACGAGACGGUGGAGGCGCGGUGCAUCUCGGAGAUCAUCUUCGACAAGCGAUAUAAGACCUGCUACUGCAACACCGAACGCUGCAACUCCUCGUCCGUCGCCUCCGUCAGCGCCUUCCUCUUCGUGCUGGUGGCUCUCCUCCUGCGGGAGCUGAGGUAGAAAGAGCGAGGGACGCCAAGCGGCUGGGGGCGAGCGCGGACCAGCGAGAGAGGAGACUAAAACCUUUUCUUCCGGAAGAAGUUUCGUACGACUGGGUGUGAUUUCUCCAGGUCCACUAGCCCCCCCCCCCCAAAGCCCCCAAAGACUCGACGAAUCUUCAACACGACAGUUCCUUGCAUGAUGAUAUUCGCGUGAAGCCGAAGGAGAUUCUGCGCGCUUUGUGUUCGUUUUCGUUUCAGGAAUCAUCGGGAUCUGUAUCUGUAUUUUACGUGGUCUACACCCAUUACUCUUUGACAAAGUUCACUGCGUGUUUUCCAUUGUUGUGAUCAUUACUGUCAAUAUUCAUACCACCAUAAUUAGAUUAAUUUUUUAUACCGAACUUUCCAUAUUAGCCAACAGAUGAAAAGCUUCUCCGCAACGAAAAAAAAAAUCAUCUAACCUUAUUCGAAGAUACGAAAAAAAAUAAUCUUCCUAAUUUAGGUAACCUUCUUUGAGUCUGUUUCAGCUCUUGACUUGGCUUAAACAAGAUUAAAAUAAAAACUGAAGGUAAAAUACAAGACACAAGUCUCAACUAACCAUACUGGACCGAUUUCUAAGAUAAAUAGAAUCUUCGAAAUCAUCAACAACCGGAGUGUCCAAGUUACCAAUAUGACACUUCCCCAGACCAGCCUGUUAGAUCUGUCUUUACCCUCGCAAGCUGGGGUUAUGCCAGAAGGGCCGCCGAUAAAGGUAUUAAGUAACCGCUUAGGCCAUAAAUAACUGUCUUGACAUACUUGUGGGUUUCGACAUAACGUUUUUACUUGUACCUAAAUCACAAUUAUAUACAAUAUUUUUUGCCUUUGCGCCAUUCGUAAAAUCUAAAGCACACAGAUCUUUGGCUGUACUACCCCCAGACAUAUCCUUUUAAUACUUUCGCUUGUUCCCUUGAUUACAUAAAAGCCUUUCAUUGCGCAAGUAUAAGAGCUUGAUAUUAAGGUCACUACAUCUCGUUCAAAUAUUAUCUCUCCCAGUGCUUCUUUUCACAUGCCAAACCAUGCCGGAGAACUGUGCUAUCCACGCAGGUCCUCAGUGGAUAGAUUCUAGUGCCUUUCUUCCCUUUUCUGGAGUUGAGGUUAAAGAGAUACUUUGCUUUCCACACAUGUUUCAUUUACUGGUGCAACAAAGGGCUGUUAGUGGAGUUUACCAUGGAGUAAAAAGAAGCGGAAAAUUAUAGAAGAGAUUAUGGCAUACCCGCUCGAACAGAAGUCAUUUUCUGUCGUUGCAAAAUGUGAAGGGCAACAUUACAUAUCCUCCUAUAUAGAAGAACGAGUCACUAAUUAAUCAGAAUUUUAGUUUACCAUAGUAUAUUUACGACAUUACAUUUUUGGAAUAAUUUUUUUACGAAAAAAAAUGUCUAUAUAUUUCCAACAUUUAGUCAAAUGCUAUUUUAGUUAUUUUUGUCGGACAUUGUGAGGCUUAUAUUUCACAUAUAGUAUGUACUCUAGUUUCGUAUAUUUGCAGAGCAUAAUUUCUAUAUAUUUUUCUGAUGCUUUCAGAUGCAGUCGAUAAUAGAGUGCAAAGCAGCCACAACAGAUAUCAUAAUACCGUUUCAAAACAAUGUGAAUUUCUCAUAAGAUCUUCACCGUCUGAUCAAGAACCAGUCUUUUUUUCUGGCCUUGAAAAUGACAACUUUUAUUUUUCCUUUAUAUCUUAUUUUUAUCCUAUAAAUAAAAAAGAAUGUUGAGACGCAGAAAUCAAAUGAAGACUAUAUAGAGUAGCAGCAACCAUUAACGCCACGUAAUUAAAACAGAACAGAAUGAAUGAAACAGACAAAAGUUUCGAUAACUUAUACAAGGUAUAAAUACAUCAAAAUUUCAUUAGCAAUAUUGUAUUGCGUAGCCUCAUAGUGAGCGGCUUCAAAUACCUUCCUACACUGCAUGUCACUCCUAUAGUAGGUUAGAAAGUUGAUAUUGAUAUAUGUGUCAUGUAUUUUUGGCAUUAGAUUAGCAAAAAAAAAAGACAACUGAAAGCAAAUGAAGUUCAUGCAUUUCAUAAAAUACUUUUUUAUCGUAUUUUAUAAAUAUUUAUAUAUACACACAGUAUAGCAAAGCACACCGCAAGUAUGUCUGCCAUUAGAGUCACCAUUGUUUAUGCAGAAAAAAAGAUGUUGGAUGAUGGAAAUAUUUUUUGAAGAAAUAGCCGUAAAGAUGUAUUGUGAUUUCAGAUACCAAUUGUGAAUGUGUGGAUAGCAAGGUGUUUCACAGGAAAGGGCAAAAUAUUAACUUUGCAAACUUAAUCAUACUACAGCGUAUGCUUAAUCGCCUAUCACUUUAUUUUUUGGAUCUCGUGUACGUUUUUCCUCUAAUUCCAUUAUGGACGUCGAGGGAAAAUACAAGAAACCCCGUCGGUCUUGUUGAAUAUACGUGUAUCAUUUGAAAAGCAUCGUACAGUGCGCACAGUAGACUUCACGUUUACCCAAGAAGUGAAAUAUAUCAACAGCCCUUUCGUGACCUCGUUCUAACGGUGCCCCUAAUAACUAAUGAACGACUUGUUACAACGCAAGAGAAUCACCUUGCUAGGUGCGAAAUAACAUACUAAUACUCACUCUCGCUUGUAGCUCCUCGAGAAGCAUGGAUAGGCCUGCUAAUGGUGGCAAAUGUAGAAAAAAGGGUAUGAGAUAGUGAAUAACUCAACAAUGCAAAAUACGUUCGUUUACGUUGAUGUUACUUAAAGCAUAACGACAGUGGAAGGAUUCAGCCUCAUCCCUAACUAUUUUCUACAUAGGCAAACGUUUUACCAGGCUUAUCCAUGACCACUUCUUACUACGGUCAAUUCUUACGCCUCUGAGUAAGUGAACCUCUACCAGUGAGUCCCUAGAUAGUAAUUCCUCAGUGUAUUUGUGUACUCUGCCUCUCCCUUUAGAAAUUCGAGCUCACAGCAGACAUGACUCGUUCUUGCAUUAGGCUUCAUAACUACACUCAUAACUACACUCUGAAGGUAUUGACACGUUCCCAUGCCGAUCGAACUAACCCUGUGGUAGAUUACUCUCUCGUUCCACAGAUCAUUAAAACUCUCCGUAAUCUUGCCACUUCUGCAUCAGUGUCAACAAAACUACACUGCCUGAUCCUCCGUUGACGAUUUUCCCCGUGUUAGCAAGAUCACAUUCUCAAAGAUCCUGCCAUUGCUAAUCUCAAGUGCUGUACUACUCUUUGUUAAUAUUGAUACCCCUUUCUUGUCACGUUUUCGAAGAGUUACUCGCUAUGAUGGGCUAUUACUUAACUAGUCAAAGGUGCCACAUAUCUAUAUAUACAUGAAUACAUACAUGCAUACAUAGGGACAUAUAUAUGUAUACAUAUAGAAAUAUAUGUGUAUAUAUAUAUGUAUUGUAUCGCGCAAAUAUAUAAAAUGUUAAGUCAGAAAGUGUGCAAGCUAUCAACAAUACAAUUUAGUGUUAAUGCAAUACCUUUCCUCAACCCCACUACGAUAAAGAUCAUAAGGAUAAUGAUAAAUUAGAAAUAUGUCGAUGGCAUAAAAGACUAAUGAAUAUCUUCCUUUAGCAAAACGGAGCAGUCCACAAGCCUGACCCGAAGAAGAACAAGAACGAAGUGCAUGUUCUUGGGUCGACCUAGGCUUUAUCGCGGAUCAGCUCGUAAACCAUUAAAACGACCCAUAAUUCCUCCCUCUUAUCCCAUUAUAUCUAAUACCACACGCUCGAAUAGUUUUAAACGAACACGUUUUUUUUUCUCAUAUAUUUUUUAUCUUUAGAUAUAGUUAUCAUACUAUUUUUCUGCAGUGUUCGGAAGUGAACAUGAAACCGUCAGAUAGCGAUUGUCUUCUUAGUCAAUAUACAUGAAAAUAUAAAUCCGGCUGAUUGUCUCACGUUGAAAUACUUUAUCGUGUUACUCUCAGCAGGUUUUUUUCAGCUUAUUCCAUGGUCGUGCAUAUGGUGUAGGUACGUUACCCAUCAUAUGUUCGUGCUUACCUUCCUUUCCAUGUAUACAAGAACGUAGGCAAGGUCUAGCCCUAGAUUUUUUGGGUUCAUUUCCAUGUGUGGCUUUUGGUGAAACAGUAAGCCUACUUAUAUAUUGACUGUGCUGUUUUUAUCGUACUAUGAGACCGUCAAUAUAGUUCAGAUUUCCUGCUGAAAUGAGUCUUUAAAAAAUGAUGGUAAGCCGUAAAGACAGGUACUUUAUCGAUGAGCUGAGCACGUGGUAUUUUCUUAUUCUUUAACUUGGUGACCUCGAUAUUUAUAGAAUAUAUCAAUUCAGCAUAUUUUAUAUUGUCAUUACUUUUUAACCAUCCAAGCUAAGGCGCUAAGUGUCCGGGUAGCUAGUGUUACGUCUGUGUGCAUGCACGGUAAACGGUACAAAUCUGCAGUUAUGUAGGAUGUAGUCUGUGUGUUGUUUUUAUACAUAAAGACUGGUUAUCAAAAUAUAUUUCACUUGUCUCUGUGACUUAACUGCAGGUAAGAAACCAGUGAAUUUAUGAGAUAUCCUUUUAACAAGACAGCAAGGGACCAUUUAUGCUAUAGAUUCAUCUCUCCAUUGCAAAACACUGGGAUUAUGACAAUGAAAAAAAAUCUUUCUCUCUCUUAACUGUCUUACUUUAGCCGAAGCACAUGACUCCCUCUUUUUUUUCAAUACUUGAUCUAAAAAUCCCAUUCACACUCAUUGUCAUAACCCGCACGGGCGGAACAUCGGUAGUAGAGACCAAAAGAAAGAAAGGUGAACAUAGUCAUUAAAAAAAAAAAAAACGAAACGAAAUUGGAAGGGAUUUUCCCACUCCCUAGCUUCGCAUACUUGUCCGCUUGCAUUUAUCCUUUGGAAUUUAUUGUUAUGCGUGUAUGCGAUGGCCGGGUGGGGGCGUCGCGGGCCUCCGAGGGUCGCCGCCCGCACCAGGGCGUGGCCAUACACAACUGUUAUUUUUAUUGUAAUUGAUCUAAAUAAAGAAGGAUAAACGUG